GCAUCUCACAACAACAACAUGAAGACUUCACACGACAACAACCUGAAGGCAUCUCACAACAACAACAUGAAGACUUCACACGACAACAACCUGAAGGCAUCUCACAACAAGACCCUUAUAGUAUUUCAUAUCCAAAAGUAGCAUCUGAAGAUAUCUAUCAAUCCGAAACAGAACCUGAACACAUUGCUCAAUUAGAAACAGAACCUGAAGAUAUCUCUCAUCCAGAAACAGAACCUGCAAGUAUCUCACAUCAAAAAGAGUCUGAAGGUAUCUCACAAAGAGAACCUGAAGGUAUCUCAUUUACAGAAACAGAGCCUGAAUGUAUCUCAUUUACAGAAACAGAGCCAGAAGGUAUAUCUCAACCAGAAAUAGAACCCGAAGAUAUAUCACAACAACGAGAACCUGAAGGUAUCUCACAAAAACAACGUGAUGGUAUGUCAUAUCACCAAACAGAACCUGAAAAAUUACAUCAUUCAGAAACAGAGCCUGAGCAUAGUUCUCGGUUAGAAACCGCACCUGGAGUUAUCUCUCAACAAGAAACAGAACUUGAAGAUGUAUCACAACAAGAACCUGAAUGUAUCUCAGAACAAGAACCUGAAUGUAUCUCACAACAAGGACCAGAAUGUAUCUCACAACAAGGACCAGAAUGUAUCUCACAACAAGGACCAGAAUGUAUCUCAGAACAAGAACCUAAAGAUAUCUCUCAACAAGAACCUGAAGGUAUAUCACUUCAGGAACCUGAAGGUGUCUCAUAUCCAGAAACAGAAACAGCUCCUGAAGUUAUCUCUCAGUCAGAAGCCGUAAAAGAAGAUAAAUCACAAGAACCUCAAGGCAUCUCAUAUCCAAGAACAGAGCCAGAAGUUAUCUCAUUUCCAGAAACAGAACCUGAAGAUAUUUUUCAAAAACAACAACCUGAAGGCUUCAAACAAAAACAACCUGAUGGUAUCUCACAUCCAAAUACAAUCCCUGAAGACAUCUAUCAAUCAGAAACAGAACCUGAAAACAUCUCACAAAAAGAAACCGAAGGUAUCACACAACAAGAACAUAAAGGUAUCUCACAACAAGAACUUGGAGGUAUUUCAUAUUCAGAAACAGAGCCUGGAGAUAUCUCUCAAACAAAAGCAGAGAAUGAAGUUUUAUCUCAAACAGAAACAGAGACUGAAUAUAUCUCUCAAACAGAAACAGAAGAUAUAUUACAACGACAAGAAACUGACGAUAUAUCACAACAGCAAGAACCUAAAGAAAUAUCACAACAUGAACCUGAAAAUAUAUCACAACAUGAACCUGAAGAUGUAUCACAACAUGAACCUGAAGAUGUAUCACACUAUGGACCUGAUGAUAAAUCACACUAUGACCCUGAAGAUGUAUCACAACAUGAACCUGAAGAUAAAUCACACAAUGACCCUGAAGAUGUAUCACAACAUGAACCUGGAGAUAAAUCAGACAAUGACCCUGAAGAUGUAUCACAACAUGAACCUGAAGAUGUAUCACACAAUGAACCUGAAGAUAAAUCACAUAAUGACCCUGAAGAUGUAUCACAACAUGAACCUGAAGAUAAAUCACACAAUGACCCUGAAGAUGUAUCACAGCAUGAACCUGGAGAUAAAUCACACAAUGACCCUGAAGAUGUAUCACAACAUGAACCUGGAGAUAAAUCACAAGAAAGGGAAUUAGAAAGAAACUUACACGAAAAACCUGAAACUGAUAUUAAAUCACAAGUAAAAACACAUUCUGAUUUUAUCAUAAAACAAGAAACAGGACCUAAAACUUUUAGUAAAAGUGUCUCAAAACCAGAAAUAAAACAUGAAAAUAUAUUACAACCAGAAAAUAAACUAGAUAGAAAAGUUGAUCCAAAGACAGAUCAUGACAUUAUCUUACAGCAUGACACUGAAUCUAGUGGAAACAUGUAUCAAGAGACAGAAGAUAACACUAUUUUACAACAAGAAACAGAGCCUGGGGGUAUUUUACCAGAAGAAAUAAAAAUUGAAUAUGUCUCGGAAUUAGAACCUGAAGUUCAAGACGCAACAGAAAUCGAAGGCACUUCUCAUCAUGAUACAGAAGCUGGAGAUAGUUCCCAAAAAACACAAUCAGAACGUGUGGAACACCAAGAAAUUAUAUCGCCAGACGUAUCACCUCCAGAAACUACUCAACCUGAAGCUUGCUUUAACCAAGAAACAGACAAUGUGGACACUGCAGCUCUAAAACCAGAGCUUGGUGGCUGCCAGAUAAUAAAAGAGCAUUAUGGUGCUUUGCAGCCAGAAGAAAAAGAGCCUAAAGGUGUUUCGCAACUAGAAUCAGAAUAUACUGCUUUAAAACUAGAGACAAAACGAAGUUUUUCACAAACGGCUACAAAACCAGAAGGCGUUUCACCACAAAAAAAUGAACGAGGUAUCUCACCAUCGGAAACAGAAACUGAAGGUGUCUCGCGAAAUGGAUCAGAACAUUUAAAUUUCUCGCCACUAGACACAGAACAAGGGGGCUUGUCCUUUGUAACAGAAGAUAGGGGAGUUCUGAAAGCAGGAACGGAACAAUUCUUCUCCCACCCAGAGACAGGCGUACAAGGUAUCUGGCCACCAAAAGCAGAAGGCUUAACAUCACUGGCAACCGAUUUGAAACACAGUAGGCGUACAACAAACUUUAUUGACGGCAGCGUAGAGGCUGCUUCGGUUAGUGAUGACAGCUUUGUUUUUAAGGAUGGGACAUCAUUCGAUGUUACGAGCCGUUCACGUGGUUUCAUGAAAAAUAACGAUUCAGGCGCAGUAAGUGACUGUACUAACCACCCUGAACAUACAAUUCCUUCAACGCUUGAACUUAUUGAUGCUGCGGUACAUGACGUAGCCGAUAGUACAUUCGGAGCGCAGGCAACCAAUGUAAGUGCAAGAGAUGAUAUCACUGAAGGUGAAACGAACGCCACUUUCUCUAAUGCUAAGCAUCACGCGACUGGUUUUAUCCCUCGUGCCAACGUUGUUAUUGAAACGCAAGACUGCGCUCGCGGUUUGUUUCUGGGGGACCAUGUUUCUGGAGAUCCUCCAGAGGACAAAACUGAUGGCUUGCUACGUGGUUUAACGGAUGGCAUGUCAUGUGAUGACACGGGUGACACAUCAUUUGACAUCUCGGGCGAUACGUCACGUGACAACACGUGUGAUAUCAUGGACAACGCAUCUGAUCAGAUAACGGACGGUGAGCCGCAUUUAAAUGAUGACGGUAAACGUCGUAGUGCAGGGAAGGUGAGCUGCAUCACUGAUGAAAAAACAAAUGAUACCCUAGAUGGUUACUGUGAGAUCCAAGUGAAUCAUGUCAAGGUGGCAACAACACACAUUACAAUAGAAGGCACGUUUCCUAUUGAAGAUUCAACAAGAUGCAAUACAUAUAAUACAAAUCUAAAAUUAGAUGGUGAAAAACUUCAUAACACAUGUAGUACAGCAUGUGAUGCUACAAGCGACCAAGCACUCAUUGCAUAUAUAUCUCCCAAAAAUACUGCUAGUUCAUCAUCAUCAUCAGAAAAUAGAAAUUCAGUUGAAUGUGACAGUACAAUUACAAUGACCAGAAAACCAUCCUGGACAGAAGAUCAGGUCAAAAUUUUAGUAGCCGGAAAAGAAGAUGGGGCUCAAUUGGCAUUAGGCAAUUGGACAUCACUAAAAGAAGAGACCACCACAUACUUAUUUCAUGAUGACUCGUUAGCCGAAACAGCUAGCUCUCACCCAGAACUAGUCAAUAACUCGUUUACACACGGCGAAACAAUCAAUAGCCGGCCACAAGUGGCGCCUCAGGAGUUGACCCAAGAGAAGGAAAGCCUGCUCCAUCACUUGUGUGAUGAGGUUGACAGUGGUUAUUUUGGGCAAAGUUUGAACAAAUUGGAUCUCAGCAUGGAUCAGAUGAAUAAGUUGGGGGAGCAAAGCGCCAGCAAUGGUGGCGCCAUGGGCCAUAAUGAGCUCAAGCCAAAUGACUUGGGGAGUGGUAUCAACACUGAGGUCUCUAAGCCUACAAACUUGGGGAAUGGUGUCAAUGUUGAUGACCCAAAGCCCAUUGAUGAGCCAAAGCCCACCGACUUAGGGAAUAGUAUCAAUUUUGAUGACCCCAAGCCCACUGAUUUGAGGAAUAGCGUCAAAGCUGAUGACUCCAAGCCCACUGACUUAUGGAAUACCGUCAAUGUUGAUUACUCUAAGCCGACUGACAUGGGGAGUAGCAUCAAAGGUGAUUACCCCAAGCCCACAGUUAUUUCAGAAGGUACAUUUCUAGAAGAUUUUCAGAGUGCAGUUAUGCUUCAGUCAAAUUUUUCAGGGUCUAGAAAACCAAGCGAAGAUCUAAAAUGUAAUUCUGAGGAGAGGAAGGAUAAGAUUUGUGCAAUUGCAUUACAAAAAGUCGUAAAUGUUGAAGAUUUGGACAACUUAACACUUGCUAAUCUAACAGGUAAAGGCACAAAAGAUGAUGAAUUCGUGGAAGACUUCAUUGGUGCUUCUAAAUUAGAAGAGGAUUUAACAAGGGCUACUAAAUUAGAGGACAUUUCAAUAAUUGCUACUAAAUUAGAGGACAAUUUAACAGGAGCUACUAAAUCAGAGGAUGAUUUGACAGGUGCUACUAAAUUAGAUGAUUUGACAGGUGCUACUAAAUUAGAUGAUUUGAAAGGUGCUACUAAAUUAGAUGAUUUGAAAGGUGCUACUAAAUUAGAUGAUUUGAAAGGUGCUACUAAAUUAGAGAAAGACUCAAAAGGUGCUACUAAAUCAAAUGACAAUUCAAAAUGUUCUACUAAUUUAGAGGAUAAUACAAUGAGAGCUCCUAAAUCAGAAGACAAUUCAACAGGUCCUCAUAAAUUAGCUGACAAUUUAACAGGUGCUACUAAAUCAGAAGAAGCCUUGGAAAGUCCUGACAAAAUGGAGGUCUGUCAAGGUAAGUCUUGAAGUAGUUAAUGAACACUUUAAUUUAAUAGGCUACGUGAGUCUUUUCAUCUUUUAACUGAUGUGUGAAUGCUUUCACUAAUUAAACUGUCCUAUAUGCACAUGAUUUAGGAACCAAUUAUAUUUAUAUUUAAGCUUCAACAUUAUUAGAGGAUAACUUGAUAAGUUAAAGUUUAUUGCAGGGCAAUGUAUUUUUAUUUUAAACAAUUUUGUACCCCUUUUGUCCUGUCGCUUAUUCUUAUUAUUGUAUUUAUUAGCUAACUGAUAAGGAAGAUAUUAAAUGAUAAGCUAUGCAGAUUACAAAAGCUAUCAUUGAAAACUAUUCACAUUUAGUAUCACUUUGUAGGCCCUACUCUAUAUUUGUUAGGCUACUCAUUAUCAUCUAAUAUUAGAAUAAUAAACAAGUAGGUAAGAGCAAAUCUAAGCUUGAACAAUGGGGAUCUGAACAGCAGAUACAAAAAAUUGACAUCUUUUUCUAGGACAAAAUAUAUUUCCUUAAUAGAAUACGUUUUUUGUUUUGUUCCUCAGCAGAACAAUGGCUUCUUCCAAUUUACAGUGGUGUGUGCCAUGCCAUGUCCAAACCAGAACUGCCAUACCUAGGAUAAAGAAAUUCAACCACUCAACCUCGACACAACUGGAAACAAACAACUUAAAAUUUCUGUAUAUUGUUUGAACAAUUUAAUUGAAACAUAUUCUAACCUCAUGGUCAGUUUUGUAAUAAAUAGGAAAGAAUUAAUGGAAAACACACAAAAAAUAAACAUUUUUAAAAAUUAAAGGAAAAUUGUAGAGUUUAUAAACCAAGAAAAAAAAAGAAAAAAAACAGCCCAGAUCAACAGUGUAAGAUUCAUUAAGUAAUAAAAAGGAUGUAAAGUUUGAUUAGGAUGUAAUUAAUGAAUACAGACAAGUCAUGUGUCAUGUCUAUUUCAAUUUAUACCAAGUUUAGCUGCUGCAUGUUCCAUCCCAGGAUGGAUAAUCAAGACUCUUGUAGUGUCAUCUUAUAAUUACUAUAGAAAAUGUCUGGUCAAACUAUGUUGGUGGAUUACGACAUUAAAAUCAUCCAUGUGAUGUAAAUGUUCCUGUUUCAUGCCAGAAUAGUCAACCUUUUUCAAUAUUUUUUGAAUUUGGGGCUAUCUGAAAAUUUUAGAAAAUAUUUUAACUGGCAGAAGAAAUGCUCAGCACACAAGGGACUCCUGGCAUUGAUUCGGCACAAUUUUUAAAUGUUAAUAACUCAAAAUACAUUGUUCAAAUAUAACUAAGAACUGAUCAAAAGAAUUUUGAAUGAAUACUUUUUUCACAAAAUUGAUUGAUUGCAUAGAUUAGACACUAACAAAAUUACUGAUAAGUUCUUUAUAAUAGGUUGACUAAAAUUCAAACACACCUAUUAUGAACUAUGAGUGUAUUAUUUGCA